GUCGAUCAACGUGAACGCGCCUCUCCAUGCGGUUUGAAUAAAGAAGAAAAAAAAAGCAGGAAAAGAAAUCAGCUGAUGAUGAAAAGACAUAAAGCUGUUACAGGAGCGGAGAGAAGAUACCGGUUUGAUUCCCUCCUCUGAACCCGGUCAAGGUGCACAGGGUUCCGGUUCUCCUCUCAGCUGCUCCGCUCUUUGUCAGCUGGUUCACACACCGAGAGACCCGGGCGGGUUUCAUGGGUUCAUCCCUGGAUAAAGCGGCUCUACAGGGGAAACAUCGUUGGGUUUAACACUCUUAUGACCCGGGACUGUCUUUAAUGUCAUCGCUUUUCUGCGGAAUCUGCUGUUAAUGUUUAUUUGCUGCUGGAUCUGAUCACCUUUUGUCUGGAGGAAGAGGAGGCUGACGCUGCGGUGAAGUCACACUGAGGAAGGAAGCACCGGAUCAGGUUUUCUCCUGGUUCCACGGGUCUUUUGUGUGGAAUUGAUCCGCCAGUCCCGGACUUGAGAGGCCCGGGUGGUCCCGGUGUGUCCCGGGCUCAGCAGCACCAUGCCGGAGUGCGUGUCGGUGUCAGACUUCGUGCAGGAGGUCCAGGAGGACUGGAGCUCCCCCACCACCUCCUCCUUCACCUCCAAGAUGAUCAGCUGCAGGAACACCGUCUACCUGCUGGAGGAGGUUUUGGACAGUGACCGCUUGGUGUUGCAGAAGAUGAAGAAAGCUGCUAAAGCCAAAUAUGCCUCAGGACAAGACCAUGUCUCUCACCUGGAGCAGUACAUUAACUCGAUGGAGAAGCUGUCGGUGAACUGUCACUCAAACGGAGAGACGGAGGUCGGAUCAGCUUUCUGCCGUCUGGCCGACUUCUCUAAAGACCUCCUCUCUCCCAUGAAGAACCUGUUAAAGAGCAUGCUCCACAACAUCAACUUCUUCCUGGACUCUCUGGUUAAAGGAGACCUGAGGGAGGUGAAGGGGGAUCUGAAGAAACCUUUUGACAAAGCGUGGAGGGACUAUGAGAGCAGAUUUAAGCAGGUGGAGAAGGAGAAGAGGGAGCUGGCUCGUCAGUAUGGGAUGGUGAGGAACGAGGUCAGCGGAGGAGAGAUCGCAGAGGAGCUCGAGAAGGAGAGACGCUCCUUCCAACUGAGCAUGUGUGAGUAUCUGAUUAAGGUCAACGAGAUAAAGACGAAGAGAGGCGUCGACCUUCUGCAGAACCUCAUCAAACACUACCACAGCCACAAUAACUUCCUGCAGGAGUGUGUUUCCACCACUGAGAAGUUGAAGCAGUACAUGGAGGAGUUGAAUGGAGUCCUUAUCACGGUGAAGCAGAGUCAGGAGGAGGAGAAGAAACAGCUGGUGACCCUCAGAGAUCAGCUGAGGCCGGCUGUCAACUCAGAGCAGGACUCUUUACCUAAGCAGGUGUACAGCAUGCAUCAGCUGCUCGGAGACAAACAGUACGGAACAGAGAGGGCAGGAUUCCUCUACAAGAAGAGUGACGGCUUGAGAAAGAUGUGGCAGAAGAGGAAAUGUUCAGUUCACAACUGUUACCUGACCAUCGCACACGCCACUCCCAAUAAACCUCCUACCAGACUAAACCUGCUCACCUGUCAGGUCAAACCCAGUGUGGAGGACAAGAAAUGCUUUGACCUCAUCUCCCAUAAUCGGACCUACCAUUUCAUGGCAGAGGAGGACGCUGAGUGUGUGGCCUGGAUCUCGGUGCUCAGUAACAGUAAGCAGGAGGCUCUGAGUGCGGCCCUGGAUGGGGGCUUUAAAGGGGGGGGAGGAGGGGAGAGCAGCAUAGAGGAUCUGACCCGGGCCAUCACUGAAGACAUCCGGCGGAUGCCCGGAAACAACAACUGCUGUGACUGCGGAGCUCCAGAUCCUGGAUGGCUCUCCACCAACCUGGGCAUCCUGACCUGUAUCGAGUGUUCGGGGAUCCACAGGGAGAUGGGGGUCCACGUCUCCAGGAUCCAGUCUCUGAGUCUGGACAGUCUGGGGACCUCAGACCUUCUGUUGGCCAGGAAUGUUGGUAACUCUGGUUUUAAUGAAAUACUGGAGGCAAACCUGCUGAGUCCAUCAAUGAAGCCGUCCCAGGAGAGCCACAUGGGAGAGCGUAAAGACUUCAUCCUGUCAAAGUAUCAGGACGGUUAUUUUGUGAGGCGGAACCACUGCUCGAAUGCAGCGCAGCGGUUUGGCCUGCAGGAGGCGACCAAGAGCUGCGACAUCUACAGUCUGAUCCAGCUGUACGCCCAGAGGACCGAGCUGAGCCAGCCACUGCACGCACACAUACAGGAGAGAGGGGAGACAGCGCUCCAUCUCGCCGUCCUAUUGGCUGACAGGACGUCCCUGCACAUCCUGGACUUCUUAGCUCAGAACUGCUCAAAUGUGGACGCACAGACAUCCGCAGGAAACACAGCGCUGCACUACAGCUGUCUGCACAACAAGAGUGACUGUGUGAGGCUGCUGCUGAGAGCCAGGGCCAACACACACACCAAAAACGAGUUAGGGGAGACCGCUCUGGACGUGAGCCGUAGGUUGAAGCACGGCCACUGUGAGGCGCUGCUGCAGCAGGCCCAGUCCAACCAAUUCGACCAUCAUGUGAACGUGGAGUACGAGUGGAGGCUUCGUCAUGAAGACCUCUACGACAGUGACGACGACUUUGAAGAGAGGAACGGUCCUGUGAAGAAGGAGCGCUCCUUCUCAUCCUCCUCCUUCACCUCCUCCUUCUCCUUCACCUCCCGGGCCUUCAGCUUCAGUCAGCCUGCCUCCAUCCCGCCGCCUUCCUCUGGAGAAGCGGGAGGAUCAGGAGGAUCGGGAGGAUCGGGAGGAUCGGGAGGAGGGGGAGGAGCGGGAGGGUCCGGAGGGUCUGGGGGGUCUGGAGGGUCCGGAGGAGGUCUGCUGAGCGUGGGGAGGAGGCUCGCCAUGGCGAUGGAGCUCCACAGCCGGCCCUCUGGCUGUGCCUCCAGCCCCCCUCCGCCUCCUCCGUCCUCCCCUGCACCUCCACUGCCCCCCCGGGUCAAAGCCCCAAAUGUUCCUCCCCCUCCCCCUCCCGCUGGGGGAGAAGGAGCUGGGGAUGAAGAGGAGGAAGAGGGGGAGGUCUUCUUCUCGCUGACAGGAAAUAGAAAGUCAACGCCCCCCCCUCCCAUCGCCGUCCGACACAAGAGGAGCUGCUCCGAAUCCAGCAAGCACGAUUACGGGUUGUCAACUAGCCCGAAGAUCUACAGCGGUCCAGACUCCUCCUUUAAGAAGUGUGUCCCAUCUUCUCCUCUCAGCUCGCUGACAGAACGUCCGGAGAGAGGUUUUCGGAGGGCGGACAGUGACGGUAGCUCCUCCCACUUCCUGCACCCUGCCAGGAAAGCCCCGCCCAACGGCUCUCCCACCAAUCACCGCUCUCAGAGCUUUGAGAACGACAACCGCCCUGCCCCCCAGCCACUUCCUCGCAGAUCAUUGCCUCGGGGUGCGACGAGCCGCCGGGUGGAGGCGCUGUACGACUGCCAGGCCGACCACCACGAUGAGCUGAGCUUCUUUGAGGGUCAGGUGCUGGUGGUCCUGGGCAAGGAGGACAGUGAUUGGUGGCAUGGUUACAUAGAGGAAGAACCGGACCAGAGGGGUUUGUUCCCGUCCUCCUUCGUCCAGCUGCUCUCAGACUGACCUGGACCAAACCAACAGAACCUGGACCCGUACAGAUCCAGUCUGCCUGGAGAACUAGAACCUGGAACCCAGGGGAACCAAGGCAGCAGAACCCCAGGAUUGUGUCCCUCUGCUUCUCCCAGGACCGGACUGCUUCCUGUGAUGACCAAUGGUCCAGGCACAGUUCAUGUUGUCACAGCAACCAGCGGCUUUUGUUGCCAUGGAGACAAUACAGUUGACCUUUUCCGUGAAGAAUCUGUAUGUAGCUCGGGUCAUGUAAUAAUGUCGCACAAACAGGUCAGCGACGAUUUAAGUCUAGUGUUGACCGUGCUAUUAUUUAUUUAUUUUUAUUAUAAAAAAAUAUUUUUAUUAAGCACAUAGGUAGGCUACUACACUUCAAAAUAAAACAAUCCACUGGACUUUUAUUUUGAAGUGCAACUGAACGACUUUUUUCUGUUAUUUACUUAUUUUAAUAUAUUCAUGGAGUGGUGCAGGAAUAAGUCCUAAACAUCAGAAAUGAGUUAGCAUUUUAACAGUUCAGGUUCCCUCGUCACAAAUUCAAUGGGUUUUUAACGUGUUUUUUGUUAGCUGCCUGAAGUAAGGCAAGUGGUUAGCACAGGCUAAUUAGGUUUCCACAUUUAUUUCUCCAACAUAAAAUGCGUCACCCCACUGUUGAAUGUCUGAAACUUAAAUGUGUCUUAAAGAGGUUGGUUGGAUAAAUCCAAUUGGCUUUUCGCCGCGGGAGCUCUUGCGAUGCUAACUUCUGGGUGGGCUUACAAAGUGUAUCACUGCACCACUCCAUGGUUUUUCAUCCUGUGCAGCUCUUCUGUCCUGUCUCAGGCUUUGUCACCUUCGAGGGGCAGGGCUUAUCAGGUCUGACAAGGGCCAGGGCGGUUCUGGGAGCAGGGGUCUAAAAUUGGUCUAGCCUCCACUUGACAAGUGACCAGAGCACAAAGGAUUGUGGGAUAGUGAAAUGAGACUGAGCUGAUUCUCGAUGUCUGAAGAUUCCAAACACGAGUAAGCACAGCAGGUACUGCUAUCAUUUCAAAAAAUAUCUGCUCAGUUUCUCAUAAAAUGCGAUCUUUUCACAUUGAAAUAAGAUUUUUCAGGCUAAUGGACACAUUUUUUUGUAAAUAGUACAGUAUACACAUUAAUAAGGUGGUUGACUGGUGCAAACGCGCUACAACAGCCUAAAACUCUUCCAUCAUGAGAAACGCGCUAGUUUCAGAAACGAUGCAGAUAAAAAAAACACAAGUGUCAAAACAUAUAAAACUAGAAAAAGUAUUGUGUUAAAGCAAAACAUGUUUGUAGUAAAGUUACAAGACGUUUCAUCAGGAAAAAAUAUUGAAUUGAUUGAUAUAUGGUGAAAACCACAUUUAUUAUUUGGUAUCUAGUGAUAACAAUUACAAAGUCAACAUCUUGUACUGGAAACUGAGCAAAUGUUUAUUUUGAUCAUGGCGGCAGAAAUAAACUGCCAAGGGGACUUUUAUAGAGAUCAUCAUCAGAGUUAGAUUGUGCCAACAUGUACCUCCAGAGCCUUUGGAAGAGCAAAACACACUUUUGUUUCAUUUUAUUCAAAGUGACAGCGGUGUUGUUUUGAAAAAUCACAGUGCUUCUGUCUGCAAAUACGAAUGAAUCAAUGAUCAGUAGGUUGUUUGUUAAAUGAAACUGAAAUGUCCUUUUAUCAAACAGUCAGUUUAAACAUGAAGCGCUGAUUAAAGCUAUGAUAAGUGAACAUA